AUGUGGAUAGCCACAAAGGAUGACCUUAAAGAUGUCGUUAAAUGUGAGAAUGUCCUGAGAAAACUACAGCCAACAAUGGAUAGAAAUUACGCACACGAAUUGAUUGCAAACUUAUAUGUCAAAUAUGUAGUGCUGUGUAACAAUUUAUCUGAACUUUACGAUCAGACAUUACAAGCCCAAAAGAGGCAGCUAAUUGAAAACUUGUUGAUUUCAUCUCAAGAGCGGCUUAAAGAAAUUCAGAAGGACAUUCAAAAGAUCGAAAUGAGUCAGUUUGUUUAUGUUGAUGAUGCCUUAGUUGAGCUGAAUUUUGUUCCAUAUGACAUUGAAUUUUUACGACCAUUUUACUUUCCAAGGAGACGAGGAAUCGAAGAGCAAAUAAUUUUGGAUGAAAUUCCGAAAGUUGAGGAUAGAAUUGAGGAUGCCCCAAAAGGUCUUGACAAGUUACGACCAGUAUUGACGCCUGAAGAAAUUGAGGCACAAAGAAUCAAAAAAGUUUUAACAAAUGCUGUAAAUACUAUUAAGUAUUAUGAGAGAAAGCGACAGUUAAAGAUUCUAGGUGUAAAUAUGAAGCACUCUCCAAAGAUUUUUAAACCACCAAACUCAGAUGAUGAGGAAGUAUUUGAAGACUAUCCAUACAACUUCUACCAUCGUCCAGGGCAGCAUGGAUUCUUUAAACUAGAACGCAAAAGACGGGUUGUGGAUCUUUAUGCACAUCCAGUGGAUGUUAGGGUUUAUGAUUUUUAUGAACCGCCUACAUUUCGUAUAAACAGACUCGGACGAAAGGUUCUAGUCAAGAAAGUAAAGACUGAAGAAUAUCAAGGAGAACAAGAAUUUGAGGUGAUUCUUCAAAUUGUUGAAAAAAGAAUUGGGCAGCUUCAUUUAGAAUCACAACAUCAGAAGCAUGAAGAAGAAUUAUUUAAAGCUGCAGAGCUAUUAAAAGUUCAAAAUAAUGCAGCACGUGUCAUUCAACGGAAUUAUUUCUAUUAUCAGCAUAAAAUGGCUAUAAAAAGGCGAGAGAACAAGCGACUGGAUCUUUACCAAAUGCUUGAGACACCUGUUGAAAAGAAAAUGCCAACAGCUGCUGAAAUUCAGGAAGUCCACAUGAAGAAACGUCGCGAGAGAAAGAAGGAAUUCGAUGAAGCGUUAAUUAAAGCAAUUGAAGAUGAAAAAGCUUGCAUUCUUAAAGUUAAGUCUAAGAUGAUUAUGGAGGACAUAACAGAUGACAUCCGUGCCUGGUUUUAUGAAUUCUACAAGACAGCAAAGGACUUUCAUCGGUAUCCAGAAGAGUUUGAAGGUGGAACAAUCAUGGUGAUGCGGGGCGAGACUAAAACUCCUGAAGAGUUUCUAAUUGAGAAGAAUAAGUCACCAGCUGAAAAAGCUAAAGAUAAGGAACUGAAAAAGAAGGAACGAAAGGAAAAAAAGAAACAAGCAAAAAAGGAAAAAGAAAAUGAAAAGAAAAAGGAAAUCCAGAGGAAGAAAAAGGAAUUGAAGCAAGGACCAACAUGGAACUUUGCUGACAUGAAGGAAUGGAAAGCAUUUGAAAGUUUUGAAAAGAUCUAUACAGUUGGACACUAUGACUGGAAGUUUAUUGACGAUACCUUCAACAAUCGCAAGGAGCUUCCAGAAAUGGAAUUUGUUACUGCUGAUGCAUAUUCUGAUGUUCAUAAAGAACUUCGAUUGAUUGUCGACAAUUUUAUGAGAAUUGAAUUGGAACUUUUGAGGAUUGCUUUAGCUGUUGAUGCCAAGACUAAGUAUGUCCCACCAAAACCCAAAAAGGAAAAGAAAAAGAAGAAGAAAAAGACAAAAGAGCAGGAAGUUGUGGAUGUCUUUGAGGAUAAAAGUAUUGAGCAGCAUUAUCAGGAUCUAAAGCAAUUAAAUAUAAUCGUUAAAUACACCAAAAAAUCAUUGCGUGACUUUAUUGGUGAUUACAGCUAUGCAGCAAUGAAUCUCCGACAAGCUAAUAAAGAUCCAACACCUCAAUACGGUGACAUCAAAAACUACAUCCAAACUGAAAUUCUCGGAACAUCUGCAAAAUCAUUUUGCAUCAUCGGCCCGCCAAGAUGUGGUAAAAAGUUUCUUGUCGAUGCCAUAUGCACUGAAAUGGAUGCUGUAAUGUUUGACUUGAGUGCACCAAAAAUUAAACAAGUCGAUGACAUGCCAUAUUUUUGUAAUCUCAUCAUCCAAAUGGCUGUGAAAUUCCAGCCGAGUGUUUUGUUUAUUGAUGGCGCUCAUAAGCCAUUUAUCAGACGAAUAAGCAGUGAUGUAGCUGUUGAGGAUCCUCGUAAAUUAGGAAAGUACUUGCUUAAAAAUAUCGUAAAGAACUUAACAAAUGAAGAUGCUGUCAAGCUUAUCGGUGUGACAAAUGAGCCAUGGAACUGCAAUUUCCUACAAAUGAGGCAGUGCUAUGAGAAGUUUGCAGUAUUUCCAGCAAAACUUGACUAUGGAACAGCAGUUAUGGCAUGGAAAACAGGUCUCAAACUAAAACGAAUAUUAAAUGUUGACGUGUCAUCUCUAGCUCAAGCUACACGUAACUUUUCGGUCGGCGAUAUUUUAGACUCAAUCAACACAUGGCGUGCCUCAAAAGACAGCGUAGACCUGAAAUAUAAGCCAUUGACCAGCCGUGAGUUUCUAGAAAACUUAAUAACGACUAAACAGCCAGCAGAUGAGAAGGUCGUAGAUUUGUUCAAUAAAUUUUCUCGCUCACUUGAUCCACAUCUGAAUGAAAGGAUUACAACGAUGGCUAGAGUGCAGAUUGAGAUCAACAAGCAAAAUGAAGAGAAAAGGAAGAAGAAGGAAAUGCAGAAGAAAAAGGAAGCUAAAAAGGCUCAAGACUUGAAAAAAGGUGGUUAAUUCAUAAAUUCUUACGUCAGCAGUGAAUGAGUUUCAAAUAAAAGGUAUGAAAUGUUAAUCAUUAUAAGGAAGCGUUCUGGUUCUUUUGUCGAAAUAAUUUAUUUUUUGACUUUUACGCAAAUUUUGUGUUCAUAAAGUUAAUAUUCGAC